GGCGAGUGAAACGUAUGAAUUUGGACACGCGCAGAUGUUGUAAGCCAUGGCGAGUGGCGCAUUUGGGAAUUAGGUAUUAAGUUGCAGGAAAACCAUGGAAUUAUAGUACAGAUCGCGAUUUAGCAGACAAUCGGAACUCCAAUGGCGAGAUCAAUACCUCCAAACUUCAAAGCACCCAUCUUCUCACCUCCGUCGUCCACCUCACUAUCAUUUACAUUCCUUACACCAGCACAAUUUUCGCGCCGUAAAAUCGACUGGCGCUCCGCCAGAACCAGAGCGAUCAGAGAGUGGCAGGAGUACGAAGAAGCAGUCAAGGAGAAGGACCUCGCUCGUGCCCUUCGCUUCCUCAAAGACGUUCAGGUGGAAUUCGGUAGUUCCUCCACUGAGUCGACUCGUUCUGUGUAUGGCGAGUUGAGUUCACUCGGACUGGAGAGGGAUUGGGAGGUGCUGGACACGUGCUUGAACGCCGAUGAUUUGAGGCUUGUUGCGAACGCCUAUGCUUUUCUCAAAGAUCGAGGGUUCUUGCCCAAUUUCGGAAAAUACCGUAAUAUUGUUUUAGAGGGUCCAAGAGAAGUUACCCCGACCGUGUUGAAGUCUUCGACUGGUUUAGAAGUCUCGAAGCUUUCUCCGAAAAAGUGGGGAGUUUCCGGAAACUCUAGUCUCGUUUUGAUCGGUCUGCUUGGUGGAGUGUCUGUUCUGCUAAAUCAAGGAAUAGAUAUCCGACCGAAUCUUGCAGCAGUUCUUGGAUUGUCGAUGCUAGAUGCUAUUUUUCUCGGCGGCACAUGUUUAGCUCUGAUCUCUAGUUAUUGGCCUCCGUAUAAGCGUCGCAUUUUGGUUCACGAGGCUGGUCACCUUCUUGUAGCUUACUUGAUGGGUUGUCCAAUUCGUGGUGUAAUUUUAGACCCGAUUGUUGCAAUGCAGAUGGGCAUUCAGGGCCAGGCAGGAACACAAUUUUGGGAUGAAAAACUACAAAACGAGCUUGCGGAGGGCCGCGUAAGUGGUACCGCCUUCGACAGGUACUGCAUGGUGCUCUUUGCUGGGAUAGCAGCUGAAGCACUUGUAUACGGAGAAGCUGAAGGUGGAGAAAACGACGAAAACCUAUUCCGGAGCAUCUCUGUGCUUCUAGAACCUCCACUUUCCGUUGCACAGAUGUCGAAUCAAGCACGUUGGUCUGUGCUGCAAUCGUACAAUCUCCUGAAAUGGCAGAAACACGCUCACAGGGCAGCUGUCAAAGCUUUGGAAAACGGGGGCAGUCUCAGUGUAGUCGUAAGGAGAAUCGAAGAAACUAUGGUUUCGUAAUGAAACGAAAUGCUGUGAAUAUGAAUAGCACUUGUAAUGAGAGUUGUUUGCUUUUGUUGUAGAGAGAUUUGUGCCAUUACAUAUUUUGCAUGGGGAUAAGUCUUCAGUUUGGUGCUCUUCAGUUUGGUGCUGUUUAUGGAUUAAAUGACUUUUAUUUUGAAUUUUUGAGGUUAAAUGUAAAUGACUUUUAUUUUGAAUUUUUGAGGUUAAAUGUAUACAUUGUUACAACUGGAAAUAAAACAUAAUGGCUAUUUUGGUUCGCCAGACCCG